AGUUUCAGAUGAGUCUCACUCACAGGGAGACUCACCACCCAGAACCACUCCUCCCUCCUUCCUCCAGCUACUCUGCGUUACGAGUUACAUAAGGCGAGGGUGGGGGUGCUGUUCCUCCAUAUACCCAGCCUCUCUGUGCCUGCCCGAGUCUCAGAGCCGUGUGCGCUACGCACGCGCGCGUGUGUCUGUGUGCCUGUGCGCGUGCCAAAUCAACAUAAAUCUCACGAUAUACAUCUCAGGACAUCUCAAGAAAUACAUCUCAACUACCAACAACUACCAGCAACUCCAGGGGUAACCAUCAGCCCAUCAAAAAUGUGGUCGUCUCGGUCCGUCCCACGGCCUUUCAUCUCCCCACCCGCGCUCCUCGUCUCCCUCCUCUCCAUCGCCGUCGCUCCGUUCGGCGGCGUCGUGCGAGCGGCGAGCGCCUUCCCGAGGGGCCCGCGGGAGGCGCUCGCCGGGGAGGCCAUGGGGGAGCCGGCGCCCGUCAGCAAGCUCGCUCUCUUCCCCGACCGGCCCGCGUGGUGCGAGACGCGCAACAUCACCCAGAUCGUGAGCCACGCCGGCUGCACCAGCCGGGAGAUCGACAAUCGCGUGUGCCUGGGCCAGUGCUACAGCUACAGCGUGCCCGACACGCUGCCCCAGACCUCCGAGUCGCUGCUGCACUGCGACUCGUGCACCCCCUCCGAUACCACGUGGGAUGUGGUGACGCUGCAGUGCGGCGACGACUACAGCGACGGCGGCGGUGGCGUCGACGCGGACGACGACGGCGCGGAGGGGUCACCCGAGGUCACGAAGCUCGUGGAGAAAAUCCUGCGCUGCGAGUGCCAGGCGUGCGGAGCCCAGCAGCACCUGCUCCUCGCGGCCACCGCAGGCGGCGGGGGCGAGGGCCACGGGGCCGACCGGCUCCUCGCCUCCAUGGCCGGAUCGGCGGCUCAGCCGGAGCCGGAGACGGAGGAGGAGGAGGGGGCGGCGGCGGUCGCCGGCCCCCAUCGCGGUUUGCCGCAUAACCCGGAGCCGGGCGCGGCUCACGGCGACGACUCGGAAGCCGGGCCGAGGCAGCCGGCUCUGGAGGGCGAGCGGUCCGACCCGCUGGCUUUUCCCGCGGAGGCCGAACAACGGCACCGGGCGGCCGCGUCUGUGGGUGAUGCAGGCGGAGCGGAGGAAAACGCGGAGCGGGGGGACUCCUCCUGGAGGGAGUGGGAGCAUCCGCACAACAAGCGGCACAGGCAGCACCACGCGCACGGCCACCGGCACGGUGACGGUGGCGGUGCCGUGGAAAACCCCGAUCGGCUGGCGGCCGGAUUGUGGGGUGGGGAGAAUUCCCGCGGGGGUUUGUAAAAAACGUUUUUAAAUAAAUGUUCAGAAUUGAUAAGAACCGG